AUGAAGAGAAUCAGGUUCCAACAUCUAUCAAAAACUUUCAAGGAUGCUGUCGAAGUAGUGAGAGCCCUGGGGCUAUCCUACAUAUGGAUCGAUUCUCUUUGUAUUAUCCAGGACAAUGAUGACGACUGGAAAAGGGAAGCAGCAAAGAUGAGUGAGGUUUACCGGGAAGCUCUCUGCACCAUAUGUGCCCUCAGUUCCAGUGAUGGAGACGGUGGUUGCAGGGUCAAUGGGUCCAAUGAGGAAAUGACCCAUCUGAGAUAUGUCGACUUGGAUCUAGGCGAGUAUCGAAUUCGGCUUGUUGAGGCAAACUACCCUGGCGACAUGGAGACACUGAACUGGGAUGCCGAGUAUGGCGAUGAAGAUUUCACAUAUCAGCCUUUGGGGAAAAGUCCGCUGCGGGUCCGCGCUUGGGCAUUCCAGGAAAGGGAACUGUCCGUCAGGGCAAUCCACUUUUCAAGGCAUACGCUGCUGUGGGAAUGUUUGGAAAUGAAAGGGUCAAGUGAGAUCCCUCACAGCGUAAGCCGACAUAACUACAAAUCCAUCCCGAAACCAAGGCAGAUAUCGCCAUCGGAUACGGGUGCUUCUGGACGAGACCAGUGGUACGGCAAGGUGGAAGAUUACACAUCUCGCUUCUUGACCUAUGAGUCUGACAAGUUUUCUGCUAUUUCCAGAUACGCACAGCACUUCCGACGGGAAAUGCUGAGCGAUGGCAUUUACCUCGCUGGCUUAUGGAAAGAACACUUUCCUGGCUGUCUUCUGUGGAUGAUAAAACGGGAGACCAGGGUUCCAGGAGAGAAAUAUCCCUUACCAGCAAUUGAGCCACGACGUCCGACGAAGUACAGGGCACCAACCUGGUCUUGGGCUUCACUUGAUGGGGAGGUCACUUAUCGAAGCCAAAGGGUAGCCUACAAAAGUGAGAUAGUUGUCGGGACGUCACCAUUUAGCGCUUACCUUUUGAGAUACGACGUUGACCUUGAAGAAAGCCUUUUUGAAGUGCCAACUAGGGCUUCGAUUACGAUGCGCGGUCAGAUAACGCAGGUGAUGUUGGAGCAUAAUCUCGAAGCUGCCGACGAUAUGAGUGAGUAUGAAACGGAACUCUACAGGGGACUUUACGAUGAGGCAGGUGAUGUCAUAGGAGUCCUUUAUCCUGAUAUCAUGUCUGAAGUUCAAGAUUUGAGACACGUAUGGUGCUUAGGGUUUUGCGAUGAGGUAGAGGCUCGUGUGGAUCGGCCUCCGGAGAUAGUAUACCUCUCUCGAGACCAUGAUUGGCUCCCCCAAAAAAUGAUGGGAAUAGCACUUUGUGCUGCCUCAGAUGAAUGCGUCUUCAGAAGGGUCGGAAUGGUACGCUGGUUGGACAUAUUUGCAUUUGCCGGUGUUGGUUUGUCCGAGGUGAAGAUUGUAUAA